AUGUCUGCACCAAAUCCAAAAGCUUUUCCAUUAGCUGAUUCAGCUUUAUCACAACAAAUAUUAGAUGUUGUUCAACAAGCACAAAACUUAAGACAAUUGAAAAAAGGUGCCAAUGAAGCUACAAAAACUUUAAACAGAGGUAUUUCAGAAUUUAUAAUUAUGGCUGCUGAUACUGAACCAAUUGAAAUUUUAUUACAUUUACCAUUAUUAUGUGAAGAUAAAAAUGUUCCAUAUGUAUUUGUUCCUUCAAAAGCUGCUUUAGGUAGAGCUUGUGGAGUAUCAAGACCAGUCAUUGCUGCUUCAGUUACUUCAAAUGACGCAUCAACUAUCAAAAAUCAAAUUUAUGGUAUUAAAGAUAAAAUUGAAACUUUAUUAAUUUAG